GCCUGUGAUGUCAUCAAUACGCGACUUAGCCGCACAUGGCUGCCCGGUGAAGUUUUGACAACACUUUCUAAGAAGGUCAGCAUGGCCAGGCAGUGGUCUGAAGGCCACUCCUCAUCCAUCCUGUGUGUUGGGGCGUCUUCAGGCCUCGAGGGUCUCCUUGCCUCGGGCUCUGAGGGCGGAGAGGUCACGGUCUGGAGCCAAGAGGGAACCAUCGUAGGCCGUGUCACACUCCCUGGUGAAGACGACUGCACAAGUGUUGUGUUUGGACCUGCUGCUCCAGGUCAGCUGUACGUGUCGCAUGGAGAUGCUGUCAGCGUGCUGGACCCUCGAAACCUGAAGGGCCCCGUGGAGGAGUUUCAGGGAGCAGGAGAAGAGGAGAUCAAUGCUUUGACAGUAAAUGAGACGGGGUCAGCCCUGGCGGUGGCUGAUGACUCUGGAGCGGUUCGGGUACUGGAGCUUCCCGGGGGAAAAGUGUGCAGGACUCUUCGUAGACACACUAACAUCUGCUCCUCUGUGGCUUUUAGACCGCAGAGGCCCAAUAACCUUCUGUCAGCUGGACUGGACAUGCAGGUGAUGCUGUGGGGUCUGCAGAAGACACGCCCUCUUUGGAUAUUAAACCUCCAGGAUGUAGCAGAGGAAGAAGAUGACCAGCAGCAGCAGCAGCGUCCUGGCCAGCUGUUCAACCCGCCUCUGGUCCACUGUGUUUCUGUGGCCAGUUGUGGGAACAUUGUGGGCUGCGCUGCAGAGGAUGGACGUGUGCAUCUGAUGCGGAUUGGCAGUGGAUCUAAACUGGAACAGCAGGGAGCAGUUAAAGCCCACAACCAGGGGGCCUCACAAGCUCACUUUGCGAGUUUCCUUUCCCAUCCUUACUGGCUCGUUACCGGGGGGAAUGAUGGCCAGGUCGUCCUCUGGGAGCUCAGUAAGCACCCAGUAGUGUCUCUGGAAGUAAAGGCCAGCGCCCCAGCAGCUCCUCGCAGGAAGGGUAAAAGCAAAGCCAAGAGGAAAGAACAAUCCCGGGACAAAGCAAAGACCCCGCCAAAGGGUGACACUGAGAGGGAAGAAGCUGAGGGGGAGGAUGAAGUGGCAGAGGCAGCAGCAGCAGGAGCAGAGGAAGAGACGGAGGAGAAGUCUGGGCUCAAACUCAGCAUCAGUCACGGGGACAAGGUGAACUGGUUGUGCCCCGUUGUACUGAAAGGAGAACCCAGCGUGGUGGUCGCAGAUCAGAGCUCCAGUCUGACAGUCUACCCUCUGUCCCCAAUGUAGAGUUAUUCUCUGCACAACAUGCUCUGGUCUAUUUAAUUUGCCUUAUUAUUAGUUUACAAGCUUGUUAGAUCAGCAAACACUCCUCUAUGUUUCAUCCUGUUAGAAAUGGUAACCUAAUUAUUUGGACUUUGAUCUUCUUAUUGGCAUCAUGUUGUUACAUGAGGUUUAUCUCUCUUAUAAUAAAACUUUGAUUGUGCAGGCAGAAACCCA